CUUCAUAACUGAGCACAUUCCACAUUUUCUACCCUGCUUUUAUUCAUAUCUCCUGGAAUGUGGCACUCUUUGGCUUUCACUCUCUGUGGGAUCUCCGCUUUGAUCCAUGUGUCGGUGCAAGGCCCAUACCAGAGGACCCUGCUGAAGAACCUCCUGAAGGACUAUAACCCCAUGGAGAGGCCUGUUGCCAACGACUCUUUGCCUCUCACUGUCAUUCUCUCAUUGAGCUUGGUGCAGAUCAUGGAUGUGGAUGAGAAAAAUCAAGUACUGACCUCCAAUAUCUGGGUUAACAUGCGCUGGUAUGAUCAUUAUCUGCAGUGGAACCAGUCUGAGUAUCCAGGUGUCAAAAACCUUCGUUUCACCACAGACCAAAUAUGGACUCCCGAUAUUCUGCUCUACAAUAGUGCAGAUGACAAGUUUGACUCCACCUUUAAGUCAAAUGUGGUGGUGAACUCCAGUGGCUACUGCAACUACUUGCCUCCAGGUAUCUUCAUGAGUACUUGCAAUGUGGAUGUCCGCUGGUUUCCAUUUGACAUCCAGAAGUGCGAGCUUAAAUUCGGCUCAUGGACGUUUGAUGGAUGGUUGCUGGAUCUCCAGAUGAAUGAGGCUGAUAUCUCUGGUUACAUGCCCAACGGAGAGUGGGACCUUGUGGGUGUGCCGGGGACAAGAAAUGAGCUGUACUAUGACUGCUGUAAGGAGCCAUUUCCAGACGUGACAUUUGUGGUGACCAUCCGCAGACGGACGCUCUACUACGCCUUGAAUCUACUCGUUCCAUGCGUUCUGCUUUCGUCCAUGACCCUGCUUAUCUUCCUGCUGCCUGCUGACUCUGGAGAGAAGAUCUCACUAGGUAUAACUGUGCUACUUUCGUUAACAGUCUUCAUGCUAUUGGUGGCAGAGAUCAUGCCAGCAACCUCAGACUCCAUCCCGCUAAUAGGGCAGUACUUUGCAAGUAUAAUGAUCAUUGUUGGAAUGUCAGUUAUUGCAACGGUGGUCGUGCUGCAGUAUCAUCAUCAUGACCCCAACGGAGGGAACAUGCCCAAAUGGGUUCAGCUAGUAUUGCUCCAGUGGGUGGCCUGGUUUUUGCGCAUGAAGCGGCCUGGUGAGGGUGAAGACCCUGAGCGUCCUCCUUGCGCCCCUCACUUACGCCGUUGUUCUUCGGGUUCCCAGAGUGGUAGCCUUCCUAAUGCACCCGGUUCUGCUUCUGCAGACCUCCACCACCACCAAACGUCUUCUUCACUCCAUCCGCUUCAUCCACAGAGCCUCCUUCAAGCUGCUGCUGUGGCCGGUCACACCCACCAUCUCCACACCCAGACCAACAGCGCCAACAACAAUGGCAACCUGCUCUACAUCGGUUUCUCCAGUCUGGAUGAUGCCUUGCCGCCGUCCUUGCUGACCGAGUCCGUGCAAAGAAACAGCAUGUCAGGUGGUCCACGUCCUGCCGUAGUGUCGCCACCAGCAGUUGGCUCCAGCCCACCACCUCACCUACCCUCACAGUUCUGCAGCCCUCCACCACCUCCGACGCCCAAUCUGGAGGCCACAGGUUGUCCGAGUACAGUGUCUGGUGGUGGAGGCGGGUGCUCUUGUUCGGGAACCAGCGGUGGAGGUGACCCACAGCUUCAGGCGAUUUUAGACGAGGUGCGUUACGUCGCCGAUAGGUUCCGUGGACAGGAUGAGAACGAGAGUGUGGCUGAACAAUGGAAGUUUGCUGCAGCUGUAAUCGAUCGACUUUGUCUGGUAGCAUUCAGUGUUUUCAACAUCAUCUGCACCAUCUCCAUUCUUAUGUCAGCACCUAACUUUGUGGAGGCAGUUUCCAAGGACUUCAUCUGAUUUGACUUGGUGUUUGAAAUGAACAUGCAUUCGGGAAACUUGGGUUUGAUCGUAAAUGGGAAAUAUCCAUCUCCCUAAACAGUGACUCAACUUUUUCCCAAUACUGUGAUUGGAUUAACGCAGGAUCCUGAGGUCUGGAAAGAGAAAGCUUCUGAUUGGCUGAUGUCCUUGUACUCUGGACAUUGUAGGCCCGUUUAAACAUCUCCAACUCCAAAAACUUAUUGAACUAUGAUGUUUGUGGAAUGCUCAAGACCUUCAUCACAAGGUGUUUUGUAAAUGAAGAGGAUGUUUGGUUCGCUAUAUGGUAAGAUGUUCUAGACUCAAGUUCGGCUAUGGAAUGAAUGAAAAACAAAACAUAAAAAUGUGAAAACACUGAUAAUGGCCUUUCAACUGCGUCAACAGUUUCAUAACCUGACAUAAACCUCUAGGGAAUGGGCAGCCGUUGUUCUCAACAUUGAGUGACUUUGUCAGUCUAACAACUUUUAAACUUCUCUAAGAUGUCAAACUAUAUUUUGGUAUGUUCAUCGAUGAGUAGGUGGCACUGAAUAAGAAGAUGAGCAAUGAGGAAGGAUAAUGAGGGUGUGAAAAUAUUAACCAUAAUGGCAGACAAAUGGUGAAUGGCUGGUAUUAACCCAAAUCACACACCCUAAUCUGUAAAGAAAGAAAGGUUUUGUUUCAGGGACAGGCACCACAUAUAUGAUAGCUGGAUAACUACAUCGGUACUGGCUGCAUGGUUUAAGAGGUUUAGAUAAUGGAGAGACACAGUAGAAGUGAAAGAUGAAAUACCCCUGACAUGGACAGAGAUAGAGACCAAUGGAGAGAUUUAGGACUCACAGGAAUAUGAGGCAAGAGUAAAACAAGGGGAAUGAAAGACAAAACGAGACAGAGUGUAUUUGAGAAAGAGACACAGUCAGCACAAAACGAAAGAAGGAUGGACUGAAGAAGUGGAUCAGACAACUGGAUAAGAAAAUGAAAGAGUGAUAGGGGAAUUACAGCAGGAUGGACAGAAACAUACGGAUAAAGCAGUUGGGGGUAAGUGAGACUCAGCAACAUUUUCUGGCAAGAGGAGAAAUGGCUUCGCUGUUUGAAAGAAAUAGCGCAUCAUGUCACAAAAAAGCAGUCACAAAACAGACAAGAAGAAAAGAUAAACACAUUGCAAAUAGGAAGUGGUAGAGGGUGUGGGGAAAAAAAAGAUAUCGAGAUAAUUCCCCUGAGAUAUAAUGGAAAAAUGGCACAAAGACAGCUGAGACAUGGAUAGAAUUUUAUAUUUCCCUCCCUCGCCCACCAUCUCUGUGAAAUGUCAGAACAAGUGAGAUGUUCUCCGAAAGGAGAGACGAUAUUCAGAAUAACUAAAUAGCAGUACAGCAACCACAGUAACUGUGCACAUUA